AUAUAUGAGGAUUAUCUUAUUUUUACAAAUUUUAAUAUUAUUAAUAUAAAAUUUGUUAUAAAUUAAAUUAUAUAUUAUAUAUAAAAUUUAUUAAGGAUUCCAAAAACUUAGUUCGCAAAUAAUAGUAUAGAUAGAUAGACAUAAAGAAAUCAAUAAAAUUAAUAAACAAAUCCACAUAAAAAAAGGAAGAGUAUUUGCCGUUAAGAAAAAGAAAAUUUAAAGGAAACAUACUUUCUUGCAAAGGUGAAUACCUCUAAACCCUAAUAGAGCCCUAGUAGCUUUCUUCUUCCUUGGGAGAGAAGACAAUGAUGAUAUCCGAUCUUCCCCACCAUCUAUUAGAAGAAAUACUCUCUAGGGUUCCGGCGACAACUCUGAAACGGUUGCAACCCACUUGCAAACAAUGGAAUGCUUUACUCAAAGACCAAAUAUUCACCGAGAAGCACCACCGUAAAGCUCCAAAGCAGCCUCUACUUCUCAUGCUGAAGGAGUUUAGGGUUUGUCCAGUGAGCGUUGAGAUCAAUCUCAGCGUCACUGCUCCAUCUAUAGAGUUUAAGGAUCCCUUUGACAUAAAGGGUUCCCCCUCUAGUUCACAACAAGUCAACAUAGUCGAAGUCAUUCACUGCGAAGGUUUGUUAUUAUGCAUUACCGAAUACAAUAAGCUCGUUGUUUGGAAUCCGUUUUUAGGGGAAACUAAAUGGAUCCAAGCAAGUAGUCAUUACAAGAAAAAAUCUAGUUUUGCUCUAGGAUACAAAAAAAACAAAUCUUGCCGUGACUACAAAAUCUUGAGGUAUUGGCAGAGUUGCAAGAGCGAAGACCAAGUUGUUGAGUUUGAAAUAUAUGAACUUAGCUCUGAUUCAUGGAGGUUUCUUGAUGGAAUCUCUCUGGACUACUAUAUACAUGCAAGUGGAUGGGUAUCUUUGCAAGGGAAUACUUAUUGGGUUGGUUCAGAGAGAAAAGACAAGGAUUCUUCUAUAUUCUUACUCAGUUUUGAUUUCACAACAGAGAGAUUUAGACGUUUAAAUCUUCCUCCAGUUCUACCAACUAUGAAGCUAUCUCUUUUUAGAGAAGAACAAAUCUCAGGGUUACAUAUGAACUAUUUUCCAUUAAAGAUGGAUCUGUGGGUGACCACUAACUUUGGUACUGAAGCUGCCGCCUUGUCGUGGAGCAAGUCCUUUACAGUGGAUUUACACGUUCUUGAAGAACGUUACCCGAUGUUCACGACUUUUUUACUCGACGAGGACAAGAAAGUGGUCGUGUGUCCGGGACUAGUUGGUCGGGACACAAAGAACGUGGUCUACAUUAUUGGAGAGGACAAUGAAUAUCACACAGAAAUCCCUUAUGUAAGAUCUACACAGAAACCAUGGUGGCCACGUAUAUUUAAUUAUGUCCCAAGUUUGGUUCAAAUCCAGCAACGAACGCAGCAGACACGAAAGAGAAGAAUGGAACAAGAAAAUGUGAUGCUGGUUAAAAAGAAACGAGAUUUCAUAUUACCAGAAGAAAAGAAGACACAGUAGUCACACUGAGACUCUGUCAGUGUUAACUUAUUUUCCUCGUUUUGUCGAAACAAUGU